CAUGACCUGGGGGUUUGGCCAGGAGUACGACGAUUGUCUGUGUGGUGGCGUGCCCGCGGUGUGGCCGCACUCUCCACGAUGGCCCACCGAUGCCGUGGCCCAUUCCAGGGUUCUCACGGCCCUCGAGCUGCACCACCCUGAACUGGGGAGGAUGUUCUCGUCGGUGUCGUUCAUCCUGGAUAACUACAAGAAGCAGCGGAUGAUGGACGUGGCGUGGGUUCACUUCAACCACCUCAAAGAUAAGUACCACGCCGAUGGCAUCCUCCGCACGAUACCGGAAUGGGUAGAGCUGAUGUGUGUGCCGACGGGAUGGGACGGUGAACCCCUGCUAAAGUCGGGGCGGGAAGGGCCGGACCCAGUACAAGCAAGGAGCUUGAAGUGCAGCGCAUACGACUUUGCCGCGGUGUACAAGGACCAUCUGGCUUUGGCACCCAACGCCUAUAGCAUCUCCCGCCGUUCGCUGCAGAGGAAGUGCGAUUACUGCAAAAAACCCACCACGGGAGAGUGCGCUGUGUGCGGCGAGGCGUGCUGUUCGAGAGAGUGCAUGCUGAAGCUUGGGAGAAGCCACCGAAGCGAAUGUGAGAUGGUGUACGAGAACGGCGGCAGCCUCGCGUCCCUCUUAACCUUGUUCGAGAUGAGAGAUGCUCUGACACCUGACGAGUUCAAAGCGGCGACGGGGGGCUUCUUCAAUCCAAUCGGCGGGGCGCGCGGAUCAGACAGCCGCGAAGGGAAAAAAGGUGCGAGUCGCGUUGCUGUCGAGGGUUGGAACAAAUUUUGCGGCCGCCCCGGGUGCAAGAAGGACAGCUGCGCCAUGAAGUGCAGCAAGUGCAGGGUAAUCUACUACUGCGGAAGGGAAUGCCAAACCAAGGACUGGAAGGCGCACAAGCGGGUGUGCGCGCAAAUGGCAAACGGCAAAGUCAAGCCUUCGGAAAGUUGA